CUGUCGUUGGGGGUCAUUCACUCGAUUUCAGCAAAGGCGCUGCCGGGUGAGAAUCUCGGGCAGUCCCUUUGUGCGUGAGGCUUGGGGGUUGAUGACGUAACUGAGGAUUCCUCUGCAGUGGAAAGAGGAAGAGGAGAAACUGAAUCUGUAUUUGAGGUUUACCGCCCCUGCGGUACAAUGACGCGAGACGUGGGCCUGGAUGAUGAGCUUCCAGACUGGGCUGGAGCCAAGGAGUUCUACCAGAAAUACGACCCCAAGGACGUUAUUGGCAGAGGCGUAAGCAGCGUGGUCCGGCGUUGUAUACACAAGCAGACGGGCCAGGAGUAUGCAGUAAAGAUUAUUGAGGUAACCCCGGAGCGCAUGACCCCACAGCAGCUGGAAGAAGUGCGCUUGUCAACCAGCAAAGAGAUUGCUAUCCUGCGCCAGGUCUCCGGUCACCCUUUUAUCAUUACUCUUAUCGAUUCCUAUGAGUCAUCCACCUUCAUGUUCCUAGUCUUUGAUUUGAUGAGACGUGGUGAGCUUUUUGACUACCUUACAGAGAAGGUAACCCUCGGUGAAAAGGAGACCAGGUGCAUCAUGCGAGCCCUCUUGGAGGCCGUGAGCUACCUUCAUGCGAACAACAUCAUCCAUCGAGACCUGAAACCAGAGAACAUUCUCAUGAACGAUGAUCUCAGCAUCAAACUCUCUGAUUUUGGUUUCUCCUGCCAUCUGGAGCCAGGGGAGAAACUACGAGAGUUAUGUGGCACCCCAGGCUAUCUGGCACCAGAGAUCCUGAAAUGUUCUAUGGAUGAGAUUCAUCCUGGUUAUGGGAAGGAAGUGGACCUCUGGGCCUGUGGCGUCAUCUUCUUCACCCUCCUGGCUGGCUCUCCCCCUUUCUGGCACCGCAAACAGAUGUUAAUGCUUCGGAUGAUCAUGGAAGGCCAGUACCAGUUUGGUUCUCCAGAGUGGGAUGACCGAUCUGACACAGUCAAGGAUUUGAUCUCCCGACUGCUGCAGGUAGAUCCCGUCGAAAGGUUGACGGCUGAGCAGGCGCUACAGCACCCCUUCUUCCAGCGCUACGGAAGGGAGCAGCGACAUUUCAGUCCCUUCCACAAAUUCAGAGUAAUUGCAUGGACCGUGCGGGCUUCCAUCCGCAUCUACUCCAACUAUCGACGGGUGCGCCCGGUCACAAAGGAGCUGCUGCUGUGUGACCCCUAUGCACUCAAGGGGGUGCGCAAGUUGAUCGAUGCUUGUGCCUUCCGAAUCUACGGGCACUGGGUCAAGAAGGGCGAGCAACAGAACCGUGCUGCCCUCUUUGAAAAUGUCCCAAAGGCCAUCCAGCUGGUCUUGCUUGGCACAGAGGGAGAGGAGGCCUCGCCAUCGGCUGUGGAGGACCCUCCCAACUAGAGAGAUUCCUUCCAUUCCCUGUGAAGCUGCAGGGUGAUGAUCCCUGGAAGAGUGAUGUAAGGGGGCAGGGAUGUACAGAGAACUGAACCACAUCCUCACCCCAUUGGGGGAGAACAGGAAAUUGUAGAAUCCUCCUUUGGACUGCCCAUGCAUGGAAGUGACUUACUUUCUAGGGAACAGGAACUUUGGGAACCUUGAAUUUUUGACUGAUGGGACAAGAUUCCCUGAUUAUACCUGGAAGGGGGCUCUAGAAUUGGGUAGGGCACCAUGUUACACCAAUGGUGUUGGUACAAAGGGAAGGUCAGGGGAGAGCAUCUUGCUUCUGCUGCAGGACCUGGAGCCACUGACGUAGCCCUUUGGACGCUAAGGACAGUCCAGGCAUCUCAUCCUUCAGUUCAGCCCCUUUUCCCAUUGCUGAGGGAACAAUCAGUGUGUUUGGAUUUGGUCAGUACUGGAGAGCAGGUGUGGGAUCAGGUCUUGCAUAUCUCCUUUUUGCUGCAGUCAGGUAGUGGACGUGGCCCUUGGGUUGAAAUGCUUCUUGUUUUUGUGUUUUUUGUCAUCCCCCACCCUAUGAUUGUCCAAACUAUAAUAAAAGUGAAAUGAGACCACAA